AUGCCAGAGGUUACAUUUGUAGGGAUGCUUACCAAGUUUGACGUUCGGUCCUGUCGGGUGAAGGGAAUCAGCUUCCACAAGUUUCGCCCGUGGGUGCUUUGCGGCCUGCACAAUGGCACGGUGCAGAUUUGGGAUUACCGCACGAACACUUCGAUUGACACGUAUACGGAGCACAGCGGCUCCGUGCGUGGCGUUGAUUUUCAUGUUUCCCAGCCCUUGUUCGUCUCCGGGGCCGAUGACUACCUGAUAAAGGUGUGGAACUACAAGCUGCGCCGCUGCCUCUUUACGCUGCGGGGGCACAUGGACUACAUCCGCGUGACGUUUUUCCACCACGAGCAGCCCUGGAUCCUCUCCUGCUCCGACGACUUCACCGUCCGGAUUUGGAACUGGCAGAGCCGCAGCAGCGUUGCCUGCCUGCCUGGGCACAACCACUACGUCAUGUGCGCCCAAUUCCACCCGCGGGAGGACUUGGUGGUCUCGGCGAGCCUGGAUAGAACCAUCCGCGUCUGGGACAUCUCCUCGCUGCGGCUCCGCAAGCAGGAGGCGGGCCUCGCCCAAGACCUGCUCGGCACGAGUGACGUGACCCUCAAGUACCUGCUUGAGGGGCACGAGAAGGGGGUUAACUGGGUGUGCUUCCACCCCACCAAGCCGUACAUCGCCUCCGCGGCGGACGACCGAAGCGUGCGUGUCUGGCGCAUGAUGGAGUCCUCCUGCCACGAGGAGCUGCAGCUGCGGGGGCACACCAAUAAUGUCUGCUGCGUAACGUACAUGAAAGACUUUGUCGUCUCCAAUUCCGAGGAUCGCAGCAUUCGCGUGUGGGACGUGAAGUCCCGCAGUGCGAUCAUGGUGUUCCGCCGCGACGCGGACCGCUACUGGAUUUUGGCGACCCUCCCCGAAAAGAACCUCAUCGCCGCCGGCCACGACUCUGGGCUGCAGGUGUUUAAGCUUUUCCGCGAGCGGCCGGCGUGGGUGCUGCACGGGAAGAUGCUCCACUACGUCUACGAAAACACGUUGUGCUCCCGCGACUUGGAGGCGGAGGCGGAGUACAAGUUUAACCUCGCCCCACACCUCUACCCGCCGCGCACCAUCUCCUGCAACCCCGUGGACAACGUGGCCGUGCUGUGGUACGACAACGACGGCGGGAUGGCCGAGGCCUUCACAAUCCCCAGGCCCGGCUACGCCGUCGACGCGGACGUCAAAAAACGCCUCAAUGUCACAGACGCCGUGUUCUUUGCCCCCAACAAGUACGUGCUCGUGGACAAGAACAAGAAACUGGUCGUCUGCAACUGCCAAGGGGACCGAGACAAGCUGGUCACCCCGGAGCACAGCUGCAAACGCGUCUUCCCGGGGCCAAUGGGGUCGGUUUUGUGCCUCACGGAGGAGGGGAUCGAGAUUUUCCACAUGGCUCAGCACAGCGUGACGGCGCAGGCGGCCGUGAGCGGCAUCCGGUACGUCGUCUGGGACAAGGAUUUCAACAAGGUGGCAUUGAUCGCUAAAAACGCCAUCACCGUCAUGACCAGGCGAUUGAAACUUAUAACAACGAUUAUGGUGUCAACGGUGCGCCUGAAGUCGGCGGCGUUUGAUGAGCAGCGCAAUAUUCUCUACUACACCACCGCCAAUCACCUAAAUUACUGUAACCUUCGCACGGGGGAGUGCAGCACAAUUCAGUCCAUGCGGGCCCCAGCGUAUCUUGUGCGGGCAAGCGGCGACACCAUUUGGAUGCUCACACGUGAGGGAAAGGUGGUGAUGCAGGAGCUGGAUAACAUGGAGCUCAACUUCAAAUUGAAGCUGCAGCAGCAGGCCUACCGCGACGUGAUCAAAAUUAUUCAACGUAAACAAUUACAAGGGCAAGCACUCGUGGGGUACCUGCACAAACAUGGACACUCCGAAAUCGCGCUGCAUUUUGUGACAGAGCCCUUCACACGUUUUAACCUGGCGGUAGAGUGUGGGGCGUUGGACAUCGCCAAAGCAACUGCCAUCGAACUUAACCAGGCCUCCGUUUGGAGACGCUUGGCCGAUGCGGCAACAACGUAUGGCGACAUUCAGCUGGCCCAGUUUGCCAAUACAAAGACGUCGAAUUACCACGGUGGGGCAUUGCUGUCUUUGAUUACUGGAAACAUGGCGGCACUGGGUCACCUAGUUGACACAACCAACGAUGACAGCUUCAAGUUACACUAUGGCUUGUACCUUAGCGAUGUGCAGCAACGCGUUCAGAUACUAGCGAAGACGGGCCAACUCCCGCUUGCUUAUCUGACGGCAAAAUCAAACGGCCUCAAUGAUGUGGCGUCCGCGCUUUGUGCUCAAAUGGCCCCCGAGGUAUCUGAACGCAUGCUGAGGGUUGAGGUUCACCGUGUGCCAGAACUCCCCACGCCCGUCGCCGUGACUGAGAAUUGGCCCAUGCUGCAGGUAGAGGAAUCUGUGUUUGCGCGGCUGUUAAAGGAGCCAGGGCAUUUUAACGGCGUCCAGGCCGCGCUUGGGGAGGAGGAGGAAGAAGACGAGGAUGAGGGCCACGCAGGCGCUGGCUGGGACGAGGACGAGGGCGAGAACCCGGACGACGCUGCAGGCGUGGGUGAAGGGCGGGGGGAGAGGGAGGUAGAGGGGGAGGGGUGGGACGAUGACCUUGAGCUGCAGAUGCCGGCGGGCUACGGGGCGGACGCGGCACAGCCGGGAGCCUACGUCGUCCCAGUGGAGCAUCCUCCGCUUUCCCAGCACUGGGUAGAGGCGUACUCCCUUCCGGCAUUCCACGUGGCGGCGGGGUCGUUUUCGACGGCCUUUGAUUUGCUGCGACGCCAAAUCGGUUUGUGUGACCCGGAGCCACUGAAGCCGUACGUGAUGGACCUCUGGGCCUCUGUGAACGCCUCGCGACCGCUGUGCGUCGUUCCGUCGGUGGUGUUUCCCCUGGCCACGUGCCCGCCGGACGAGCAUCGGGGCUCCCGCCACGCGCCUCUGCUGCCGGAGUACAUUCCGGCGCUGACGGAGAAACUUCGGGCCGGAUACGGGGCGUUUGUGGAGGGGCGCUUUGCGGAGGCUCAGAUCCAGUUUCUGGGGAUCAUGCACCAAGCCGUGUUUGCCACAAUCAAGGAGGAGAAGCAGCGUGCAGCUCUGCUUGAGCUCAUGACAAUUGCCUCUGAAUACGCGCGUGCGCUCGGCGUACAACUUCACUGCCGCAGCCUUGACGGGAGCUCCAAAGAGGCUCUAGAACUCUCCCUCUACUUUACACACUUCAAGCUGCAGCGCUCGCACCUCACCCUGGCUCUCUCCCAGGCCAUGAGCAAGGCGUACAAGCUGAAAAACAUUAAAACCGCCGCGGCGGUGGCCAGGCGACUGCUCGAUCAGGACCCCCCAAAGGUAAAGGCGAAACAGGCAUCGGCAAUUGUGGCAGAGGGGGAGCGAAACCCGACAGACGCGUGGACGCUAGACUAUGAUGAACGCAAUCCCUUUUUCCUCUGCUCUGUCUCACAUCGUCCAAUGUACCGGGGAACAAUUGAUCCAAUACGCUGCAGCUACUGCCACUCUGCUGCCCAUCCGAAACACAAAGGGACGGUGUGCCCGGUAUGCAAAAUUGCCCUUUUGGGCGCGGAGUCAGCUGGUCUUGUGAAUCGAGCCUAG